AUGGCGCCUCCUCCCCCAAGUCCCUCGUCCUCCUCGACGACCAUCGCUGAUGUCAUCGAAAUCGAAGAAACCACAAGCUUCAGGCCGUUUCAAUGGGCAAAGGCCCGGGUCCGAGGCCCGAUCGAUGAGGAGAAGUUCUCCGAGCACAACUACGUAGGCGAGGGAACAGAAUCGAAUCCUUUCCUCGUCAAGUUCCUCCCCAACGAUCCUCAAGAUGCCAUGACUUUUGCGCCAUGGAGGAAAUGGAUGAUUACCAUUCUUCAAGCGAUCGCAACUCUGGCUGUCACCUUCGUGAGCUCUGCAUAUACUGGAGGCAUAAGGGAAAUAAUCCGCGCCUUUGACAUAUCCCAGGAAGUAGCAACUCUGGGUGUGUCGCUCUUUGUAUUGGGCUUUGCUGUUGGGCCACUGCUCUGGGCUCCUCUGUCUGAGCUGUAUGGAAGGCAAAAGAUCUUUGUCUUUACGUACUUUGCCUUGACUGCGUUCAAUGUUGGAGCUGCUUGCGCGCAGACAAUGCCAACUUUACUCGUCCUUCGCUUCCUCGCCGGCGCCUUCGGUUCUUCUCCAUUGACCAACGCGGGAGGCGUCAUUGCGGACAUGUUCAACCAUACUGAACGCGGUCUGGCAGGCAGUCUAUUUGGUCUUGCUCCCUUCUUGGGGCCCGCCAUUGGCCCCAUUGUCGGUGGCUUCCUCGGAGAGACAGAGGGCUGGCGUUGGCUUCUAGGCUUGAUGGCAAUCUUCACUGGGGUUUUCUGGAUUCUCAUUACACUUCUUGUUCCGGAAACAUACGCCCCAUAUCUUCUUCGCCAACGGGCCCAGAUGCUCUCUGAAAGAACAGGCAGAGUCUACAUCUCGCUCCUCGACGCCGGUCAGCCUCCAAAGUCCAUUUCCAGUCAGCUUAAAGUUGCUCUCACACGACCCUGGAUCUUGUUAUUCAAAGAGCCCAUCGUCCUGCUCCUCUCGAUAUACAUCUCCAUCAUCUACGGCACCUUGUACAUGUGCUUUGCCGCCUUUCCCAUUGUCUUUCAAGUAGGACGAGGCUGGAGCCCAGGCAUUGGAGGCCUAGCUUUCAUCGGGACUGCAGUUGGUGUGUCACUUGCCACUCUGACAGCCAUUUUUGAAAACAAGCGUUAUGUACGUUUGGCAGCUGCCAAGGGUGGUAUGCUUGACCCAGAGGCCAGACUUCGUCUGGCGAUGCUUGGGUCUGUUUUUAUACCUAUUGGACUGUUCUGGUUUGCUUGGACGACAUAUCCUUCCAUCCAUUGGGCUGUGCCGAUUGUUGGCUCAGUGUUCUUUGGUCUGGGGUUGGUUCUGGUCUUUCUUUCUCUACUAAACUAUCUGAUUGACUCUUAUGUGGUCUUUGCUGCUUCGGUCUUGGCCGCCAAUUCUGUCCUUCGAUCUCUCUUUGGUGCAGCCUUUCCUCUAUUCACGCCGCAUAUGUACGAGAAUCUCGGUGUUCAAUGGGCAGGCUCCGUUCCGGCGUUUCUGGCUCUUGCCUGUGUUCCAUUCCCGUUUCUAUUUUACAAAUACGGUGCUCGGAUUAGACUCAAGUGCCAAUAUGCCUCUGAGGCUGUUCAGAUUCUUCAGAAGAUGCGAGCUCAGCAUGCUGCAGCCAUGCAAGAACAAUCAGUGCUGCAAGAUGAGGAGACCGGGAGAGCCAGAUCAAACAGCCAUUAG